AUGCCGACGGUGGACGACAUCCUAGAACACAUAGGGGAAUUCAACUUUUUCCAGAAACAAACAUUUCUCUUCCUCUCUCUGCUCUCUGCCGCCUUCACCCCCAUCUACGUGGGCAUCGUCUUCCUGGCCUUCACCCCGGACCACCGCUGCUGGAGCCCCGGGGUGCCCGAGCUGAGCCGUCGAUGCGGCUGGAGCCUGGCCGAGGAGCUCAACUACACGGUGCCGGGCCCCGGGCCCGAGGGCCAGGCCUUCCCCCGCCAGUGCCUCCGCUAUGAGGUGGACUGGAACCAGAGCGCCCUCGGCUGCGUGGACCCGCUGGCCGGCCUGGCCGCCAACAGCAGCCUCCUGCCUCUGGGUCCCUGUCGGCACGGCUGGGUGUACGACACGCCCGGCUCCUCCAUUGUGACCGAGUUUAACCUAGUGUGUACCAACUCCUGGAUGCUGGACCUGUUUCAGUCGGCUGUGAAUGUAGGAUUUUUUAUCGGUUCUGUGGGUAUCGGCUACAUAGCAGACAGGUUUGGCCGUAAGCCCUGCCUCUUGAUUACAAUCCUCAUAAAUGCUUCAUCUGGAGUUCUCAUGGCUAUUUCCCCAACCUAUACAUGGAUGCUAAUUUUUCGCUUAAUCCAAGGACUGGUCAGCAAGGCAGGCUGGUUAAUAGGCUACAUCCUGAUUACAGAACUUGUUGGGCUGAGCUACCGGAGAACGGUGGGGAUAUUUUACCAAGUGGCCUUUACGUUUGGGCUCCUGGUGCUCGCUGGGGUGGCAUACGUCCUUCCGCACUGGAGGUGGCUGCAGUUCACAGUGACUCUGCCCAACUUCUGCUUCUUGCUCUAUUACUGGUGUGUACCUGAGUCUCCUAGGUGGCUGAUCUCCCAGAACAAAGAUGCUAAAGCCAUGAAAAUCAUUAAGCACAUAGCAAAGAAAAAUGGAAAAUCUCUGCCUCCCUCUCUUCAGAGCCCCGGAUCUGAUGAGGAAGUUGGUGAGAAGUUGAAUCCUUCAUUUCUUGACUUGGUCAGAACCCCUCAGAUAAGGAAACACACUUUGAUCUUGAUGUACAACUGGUUCACGAGCUCUGUUCUCUACCAGGGCCUCAUCAUGUACAUGGGCCUCGCCGGGAGCAACAUCUACCUGGACUUCCUCUACUCUGCCCUGGUCGAAUUCCCGGCCGCCUUCAUCAUCCUCGUCACAAUUGACCGCGUGGGUCGCCGUCAUCCAUGGGCUGCAUCAAAUAUGGUGGCAGGGGCAGCCUGUUUAGCCUCGGUUUUUAUCCCUGAGGAUCUACGCUGGCUAAGAGUUACUGUCGCAUGCUUGGGUAGAAUGGGGAUUACAAUGGCCUAUGAAAUGGUCUGCCUGGUCAAUGCGGAACUGUACCCCACAUGCAUCAGGAACCUUGGGGUCCUCGUCUGCUCUUCCAUGUGUGACAUCGGGGGCAUCAUCACGCCAUUCCUGGUCUACCGGCUCACCAGCAUCUGGCAUGAGCUUCCACUGGUGGUUUUUGCUGUAGUUGGCCUGAUUGCUGGAGGACUGGUGUUAUUGCUCCCAGAGACCAAAGGGAAGACUUUGCCUGAGACCAUUGAAGAAGCUGAAAACAUGCAGAGGAGCUGAGUGGUGACGGCUCAGCUCUAGAAGGGCCUGCUUGCUGGAGUCGGCCACAGACACGCAUUCCCUACGUC